UGGAUUAAAGGCCUUGCGACUUUCUUGCCUGCUCUCGGAGCCUUUCUGCAGCACGUCAAAACUACAGCAAGCAUUCGUCUGGUCGGCAUAGUCUUGUGAUUAUUAACAACGCCCGGCACCUCAUCAAACGAGUACUUCGAACCACGGCCGCAACUUGCACCCGGAACACAUGAACACUUAGUAGCGUCCCGUCGUUGUGGAGAGGAGGUAAUUUACAAUUCUCCUGGCAUUCCUACUCACACGCUCACACUCUAGCAAACAAGAUAGUCACGCGCAGAGGGGAGGCGAUACUGGCAAUCACGACCUGCUACAUUUACUUGGCAGGCCCUGCUGCGAGCUACGCAACUCCAAGCCUUGUGGAUCACACAACUCCAGACUGGCUCUCUGGAAUACUUAUAUCUUGUACGAGCGUGCCACUGUAGUGUUGCCGAAGCCGCUACCACGCAUAUCAUGGCUCGGCUCAGGGACUCACGCUCACCAAGCCCUGCAGGAAGCUCAAGAAGAUAUCGGCGAGAUGAUGAUAGAAGACGGGACCGCGACCGAGACCGAGAUCGGGAUCGCCGCCGUCCCCGUUCCCGUACUCCACCACGGCCACGCGAUGAUUACCGUCGACGCGAUCGUUCCUUAGAGCGAAAGGAUGACUACUAUAGAGACGGACGAGACAGAAGAAGAUCGCGCGACCGCUACGCCGAUGCUGGCCGUCUGAGAGACGUGGACAGGGAAAGGGAACGAGAAAGAGAGAGGGACAAAGAUCGUCGCGAUCGUCCCAGGAGCCGGCGAGAAGGCACCGCAGACUCCCACCGUUCUGGACCCGUUGAUGGGAGAUCAAAGCCAGUAGUAGAGGCGACGGAUCCCAAACCGAAACCAUCACCCGCCCCCGCUGCCGUACAAGCGGAUGUUGAUAAGAAAGCAGAGCGCUUGGCCAAACUGGCAGCAUGGAAAAAGAAGCAGGAGGAAAAGGAGAAGGCUAAAGAGGCCACUCCAGGUGGAACAAGAAAACUCCUCGCUGAAAUGGAUGAGAAGGCUAAUGGUAGCUCUGCCGUAACUCCCACAGUCGCUUCCCCUGCUGGUACUGCAUCCCCAGUUGCCGAAACAUCCAUACCGUCUCCAGCAGCAGCAACCCCAUAUACUGGAAAGUUUGACCCGAAACAGAUCGCAAAGAAGGCAGCCCGAGCCCACGAACCAACUGCGGCCCCCAAAUUGGGCGCCAUCGGAGGCCAACUGCCCGUCACUAAAUUUGCAGCGCCGACUGCUGAACUCCCGAAAGCUUCGGCUUUGCCUAAGGCCAAGACGAGCGGGUUCGGUUUUCACAAGCAGAACAUCGAAUCCGAGAAAGUCUCACAGAAACGCAAGUUGAUCCUCGACGAGGAGGAAUCAUCCGAUAGGAAGCUCGCGAAGCUUCCUUCGCUGCCCCUUCCUGAUGUGGAUGAUACUCCUUACGAAGUUCAGGACGAGGACGAGGAUGACGGAGAAGCUGAUAAUUUCGCCGGCGAUGAGGAAGAAGAGGCCGCGGCGGCACGAGCCGCUCAGGAACGACGAGAAGAACGCAUAGCACAGGAAAGCGCGCAGCAAAACAACGCAAUGGACGUAGACGAAGCCAAGGAAAAAACCCCUGCCGCUGAGACUGAUGGAGAUGCGAUGCAAGUCGAUGAAGAGGACGAUGAAGAUCCACUGGAUGCCUUCAUGAACGAUUUAGAGUCCAAGCCAGUUGUGACGGCACCUAAGCCGAAAAAGCCGAACGGCGUGCGCCAGGUUGCCAAGUCUGAGCAAGAACCUGAGGCCUACUUCAGUGGCGAGGAUGAUUACGAUUAUGCUAAGAAGGAAGACGAACCAGAUGCAUUCCUCGAGAAAGUUAACAAGGCCCGCAAGAAGAAAGACAUCCCCACCAUCGAUUACAGUAAACUGGACACGGUGCCCAUCAGAAAGAAUUUUUGGGUGGAGCCUGCCGAACUGAACGAGAUGACGGAGGCUGAACUCACAGAUUUGAGGCUUGAGCUAGAUGGUAUCAAGGUCACUGGCAAGGAUGUACCCAAACCGGUACAAAAAUGGUCCCAAUUAGCUCUGUCACGAAAGACACUGGAUAUCAUCGACAGCUUGGGUUUCGACAAGCCAACCCCCAUUCAGAUGCAGGCAUUCCCAGCGAUUAUGUCUGGCCGUGAUAUUAUUGGUAUUGCCAAAACAGGAUCUGGAAAGACUCUUGCCUUCCUCUUACCAAUGUUUCGGCACAUCAAGGACCAAGAACCGCUCAAAGAGAAUGAUGGGCCUAUCGGUUUGAUCAUGACUCCAACCCGUGAGCUUGCUACACAGAUUCAUCGUGACUGCAAGCCUUUCCUCAAGUCGAUGGGCCUACGAGCUGUUUGCGCUUAUGGUGGUGCUCCCAUCAAGGACCACAUUGCUGAGUUGAAGCGUGGCGCCGAGAUUGUAGUGUGUACACCUGGGCGUAUGAUAGAUCUCCUCACUGCCAACCAAGGGCGUGUGACGAAUCUGAAAAGAAUUUCUUACGUCGUUCUUGAUGAAGCAGACCGAAUGUUCGACAUGGGGUUUGAGCCUCAGGUUAUGAAAAUUCUCAACAACAUGCGACCAGAUCGUCAGAACAUUUUGUUUUCUGCUACGAUGCCUCGAAUCAUGGAUUCUCUGGCGAAGAAGAUUCUAAAAGACCCAGUCGAGAUCACCGUAGGAGGCAAAAGCGUCGUUGCUCCGGAAAUCACUCAGAUUGUGGAAGUUCGGGAGGAAGACAGAAAGUUCGUUAGGACGUUGGAGUUGUUGGGAGAGCUCUAUGACAAAGAUGAAGAUGCGCGCAGUUUGAUUUUCGUCGAGCGGCAAGAAAAAGCUGACAAGCUUCUCAAGGAAUUGCUACAAAAGGGUUACCCCUGUAUGUCAAUUCAUGGUGGAAAGGAUCAGGUCGACCGUGAUUCCACCAUUUUAGACUUUAAGGCUGGUGUGGUUCCAAUCAUGAUUGCUACCUCAGUUGCCGCGCGUGGUCUAGACGUCAAGCAGUUGAAGUUGGUGAUCAACUAUGACGCGCCCAACCAUCUUGAGGACUACGUUCAUCGCGCUGGCCGAACUGGCCGCGCUGGUAACAAGGGUACUGCCGUAACUUACGUCACCAGUGAACAGGAUAGCAGUGCCUACUGUAUUGCAAAGGCAUUAGAGCAGAGUGGCCAAUCUGUACCAGAUGAGGUCAAGGCUUUACAAAGGGCCUUUCAAGAGAAACUCAAGGCUGGUAAAGCCCGAGACGCUUCCGGUUUUGGCGGAAAAGGCCUGGAUCGAUUGGAUCAGGAGAGGGAGGCUGCACGAUUGCGCGAACGGAAGACUCAUCGCAAUGAAGGUGAAGAAGAUGAAGAGAACGAGGAGGAUAAAGCCGCCGCAGACAAGAAAGCCGACAAAGCCCUGUCAGCCAUCCAGCAAGCUGCUUCUGAUAUCAAAUCGCGUGAUUCUGCACCAAAGCCAGAGGUCGCGGUUCCAGAUCUGGAGCCAAAGUUCACAAUCCACAAACGCGAGGUUCCACCACCAGGUACGGCCAACAACCCACUGGACAAGGUCUCCUCCGCCAGAGAUGCCAUCAAUGCCCGCCUCGGUAAAUCCGGCCAGCUUCGUCCUGGUCAACCAAUUGACAACAAGGGCCCGGAUGCUGGUGCUUUCCACGCCACAUUAGAGAUCAACGACUUCCCCCAGAAAGCCCGUUGGGCUGUCACAAAUCGUACGAAUGUUGCCAAGAUUCUUGAAGCAACAGGUGUGUCGAUCACGACCAAGGGUAAUUUCUACCCUGCUGGAAAGGAGGUGCCAGCUGGGGCCGAACCUAAGCUCUACAUUUUGGUGGAAGGUGAUACGGAAGUGGUCGUGUCUACUGCGAUGACAGAGCUCACUCGCUUGCUCAAGCAAGGUACUGUAGCUGCAGUGGAUGCAGAGAGUCGCGCGCCGAUAGGCAGGUACAACGUUGUUUAGUCAUCCUCGCUGAGGCAUGGUCUUGAAGAACGCAUACAAGCUGACUCGAAUCAUCGUUGACCUGGCAUCAAACCCCGGAAAGAAGCACAAUACGCCGAGUACAGCGUCAGCUCAUCGAUGCAAUGUAAUGAUCUUGUUCAAAGUUAACUAGAAAUUGA